GUCUCGGCUGGCAGCUGCUCGCUGGGGGAAGAGGAACAAACAAUGGACGGCAUCAGCAUGUGGGUGGGGACAUGGUGAGCCAACAACCGCUGGAAACUCAUGACCAGUGACAUUCAAACUUUCACAAUUGACUGUGUUGUGUUGGUGCAUCAUGAUGUGUUGCUUGGUUGCUGCAGGAAUGUGGGUGCCCGUGACGGCGAGUGGGAGGCGCCGCCAGUCGAGGGGCAGUACGAACUCGCUGACUUCAUCGGUCCGUAGCCUCCCAUCUCUCAUAUGAGGAGCCCUGCUUAUGUCUGCCUUGUGUGUUUGUAUGUUCGUGUGUCGUCCCUCCUCCCUCUCAUCUCUCACCCCUCACCUCUUACUGCCUCCCUGUCCGCUUCCUUCCCCUUCCUGUCUGUCUGUGUGGUCUGUGUGCAGAUGCGUCAUGCGACAUCCUGCUGCUCACUCUCCAGGAGCACAUGAGUGAGCAUGUAAGGUCAGCCAGCAGACAGACAUACAGACAGUUCAAUUAUUGUUUUCUGCUCGUUCGUGUGCAGCGAAUUUCAUCUACGCGUUGGUGUCGGGGUUGCUGGAGCUCAUCACGCCCAGCAAGUUCAGCCGCCUCGAGCUGCCACAGAGCCAAGUGGGCGGACUCGGUGAGGACGGAGAAAGAGAGAGAAAGACACGCGCAAUCCAAUCCAUCGGCCUGUAUGUAUGUAUGUUUGUUGGGUGUCGUCCAUCCAUUGGUGUGGUGCAGGGGAUGGCGCCUUCCUGCAGCCCAAGUACACGAGCAUCGCUUGCUGGGUUAGGAGGGAUCUGCUCGCACGGGGCGUCAUUCAGCUCCUCAGAACAGCCAUAGUGCCACUAGGUAGACAACCCUUGGCCACCAUGCACAAGACGAACCAGUCAGUCCCCCGUGACGUCUGUGUGUCUCUCCCCGUGUUGGACAGGAAUGGCAUUCGGUUCUAAGGGUGCGGCAGGUGUUGCGUUGAGGGUAGGACGUGCCCGUGUGGCCUUCAUCGGCUGCCACCUGCCGGCCUCGUCCAACCAGGCCCGCAAGGAGGCCCUCGAUUUCAUCCUGCGGCGGUCUGGGUGGCUGCUGGAGGGACACAGCGAGCCCAUCGGCACCGGCGCCGCACAUGUUGGUCAGACACAUGACUGGAUGGAUGGAGGAUGGGUGAACACCAACGCAUGGUGGUGUGACGGUUGUUGUGUUCAGUGCUCGCUGGCGACCUCAAUUUCCGGCUGCGGCCGGAUUUGCAGCCACCACAGGCUGGCAAGUGACGUCACAAUACCUGACAAGCGACUGACGUGGUGACUUGGGUGGGUGUGCGCUAUGCUAUGUCCGCAGUUGCUUUGUUGAAGGACGGCCAUGCGUCUUCUCUGCUUGCGUGGGAUGAGGGGAAGGAUGAGAUGAGGCGGGGAGGACUUCUCGUGGUGAGCAGGCUUUGCCGUCUUGAGAUUAGUGGUGAUUGGAUUGUUCUCGCGUGUACGCUCAUACUAGGGCUAUGAGGAGGCUUCGAUGGGGCCUGACUUCUUCCCGACGUACAAGAAGAAAGAGAGUGAGACGCACAGACGCAUAGACACACACAGGCAGCCAGGCAAACAGAUGGGCAGAGAGGGAUGACCUCCGACGUGUGUGCCACUCAUUCAUUUGGCUCAGAUCGCCGCCCCUUCGACAUGAGGCGGCCAGACUGGAUGGCAGCGGUAGGCUGAACCCACUUACGACACGACCAGACAGCCACAUGAAUUCCACCAGAGGGCUGCAUGCCUGCCUGCCUGCCUGCCUGUAUGUCUGGUCUGCAGGAGUAUACGGUGGUUCACACGCUGCAGUGGUACAAGGGUGGGGGCAAGGAGUGGCGCCUACCCGCCUUCUGCGACAGGGUCCUCUUCAAACAGGCCCCCAGGGUCCGUAUGUCCAUCAGCCACUUGCCGAAGCCGUACCUGCAUUCGUUCCUGGCUGGGUGUGGCCUGUGUGUCUGUCCUUCUCUCUCUGCAGUCUGGUUCGCAGUUGGGUGCCGUCGCGUCCUCCUACCGGGCCAUCUACACCACACCCCCCAAACCCACACACAGUCGGUCGCCACACACACGCCACCACAGGGGCACACACACGGGGGGGGUGGCUGGCUGCUGAUCAGGGCUGCUCAACAUGAGCGACCACUCGGCGGUGUGCUGCUCGCUGGCGCUGCGCAACCAGAACGCCCCACACAGGUCAACGUCCAUUCAGUGCCUGUCGUCCCCCGCCCUGCCGGCGCCUUCGCCGCCCGCCAGCGAGACAUUCUGGCCGUCACUCGCCGCGUUGGGGCUCCGAAUGCCGUUCGAACAGACAGGUCCGUUGACAAACGACCUACACAGGUGGAUCUGAGUGGACGCAUGUGGUCCAUGCGUGUGUGUGUGCCAUGCGCAGUGCCUUCGGCCCCUGCGCUGCCUCCCCUGCCCUCAUCAAUGUCCCCUGCAGGUGGUGGUGGUGGUGUGUGGGUCGGCAGUUCCAGCCCUCCGGGGUCGCACGAGGACAGCUAGGGGGGCUGGAUGGAUGGAUGGAUGGGAGGACAUUGUGUGAGGGCUGCACUGGACUGCACUGCACUCCACGUGUGCGUGGCGUGGCUGACUUCCUUAUGUGUGCGUCUUAUGUGCACACCCUGGAGCCCAAGGGAUAGUUGGGCCAUACGACCGAUUGUGUCUCCAUCGCCAUCUACACGUACUUCACAUUCUGACGUCUCUGUUAUGUCCCUUCCUGGAUGACACUUGCGCAUCAUGAUGUAUGAGCAACGAAAAAGGAACGGCCUGACGGAUUGAGUGGUCCUUACAUCUCGUUCCUCC